ACCACCACCACUACUCCUACACCUACCACCACUACUGCUACACCCACCACCACCACUACCACACCCACUACCACCUCCACUACUACAAUACCAACUACCACUACUACUGCACCCACCACCACCACCACCACCACCACUACAACACCGACACCCACCACCACUACAUCAACUGCAACUUUACCCCCUACAAUAACAACUAGCACCACCACAACCUUAGCAACCCCCACCAUCGACACCACCACAGACACGACCUCUCUUGACCCCGCCACGACUACAAGUGAUGACUAUUGGACGACUACAGAGGACGAUGACUCAGUGGUGACCCUUCCUGACGGUGACAACAACAGCAUCUUGGGCCUGUCCAUGUUUGAGUUCAUCGUCGUCCUUCUCUCCUCCUUCCUCCUCCUCCUCGUCCUCUUCACUUGCUUCCUCAUGCUGAUUUUCAAGAGGAAGAGGAGGAUCUACGUCAGAGUUGUCCCUUACACACCACGCGCAGCUCCUAUGAAAUUCCCUCGCACACCUUUGCCUCAAGUAAUACCCACGUCGGAGCUCAUCCCGAGGCCAAUACUACGGCAUACCUCACUUAGCAACGACAGGAAGCCUCGGUCCGUCAGCUGGGAGUACGGUGGAGAGCCCGGCGGAGGGAGGUGGGACGCAGACAACCACAACCCAACACCCCAACGGCACUACAUCACCCUCGACGCCCAGCCAGUCCGCCACGACCCUGGGGAUGUCUAUAGCAUCUCCCAAGGCUUCGACUCCUGGGGGAAUGACAUGCAGAGACCCCAGGAGCCUACCAAUGCCCUCUGGCGAGACGCUCCCUGGGCAGAUAAUAACAUAUACGAGUGGCGUCGAUAA